AUGCUGUCAUAUAUUCGGCGAGCUCAACGACGAAGAAUGUAUCAAAGAGCCAACUCGGACAGUGGAUGUAGUCCCAACGAACCAGAAUCACCAAGUUCGCCGGUAAAUUCAUCGGCAGCAAACGGACAGAAUAGCGAAGGGUUUCACUUUUAUGCAACCGUAAAGAAACAAAACUCUCUACCCGAGGUUGGAACGAAAAGUUUACUGCAGAAAACGAGGGCAACUGAAAAACGGGUGGAAAAAAUAAAUGACGCCGACAGUGUGGAUUUGACGAAGAAAGCGACAGGCGAGGAAACAGCGUUUGAUCAUCCUUAG